AUGGUUAAAGUGAGUAUUUGAAUUCAUAGUUCUUUCUUUUCAAGACACUGUAUUUGUGUUUUAAUGGAAUAAACUAUCAUAAUUUGCAGUUACUAAGACACAGCUCUUCAAAAUUUUAAGUUAAAAUGGGUUGCUAAAAAUAGAGAUAGUGUGUUUUAAUUCCCUCAAGUUAUACAGAGAUCAAGUGUUUUUACAAAAUUAUCUGGUCCUGGUUUAAAGAUUGUCAACUGUGGAUACUUUAAAUGUGUCACCUUCAGCUAACAACAGGAUUAAUUUCUGAUUCUAGCAAUCUUUAACUUCUGUGCAAUGAAUACCCUGAGGGUAUGCUCAUAUCCACUUCUUUCUCCAAGGUAUAUGUCAUGGGAAAGUAGGAUACUGUUUGCACCAAUUCCUAGGUGGAAUUUUAGAUAAUUUCCAGACUGGUUGUGGGGAAUGUAAUGUUCUGUUUAAAUAUGGGAACAUCCGAAAUGUGAGCUGGGCCAGCACUUUUCUGCUACAGUAUUGUACUUAAAUUGGAUCUUGCUCAGCUUCUGACUGAGGAGGGAUAGGGGGAAAACACAGUUCAGUUCAGUUCACAAUUUAAUGGGAACCUACCUAAUUUGCACUUUCUGAAACAAUAAAUGAACCAACAGUUAUCCUUUGAAAUUCAUACUACUUUGGAUUUUGCAUUGCAGUUGUCCAAACAAUGUGUACAUUAGGGGAAAUGCAUGUCAAUCAAUACAAAAAUUGAUUUUCGUGAUGACCUUUUUAAAAAAGCAAAUUGAUUCAGGAAUGUGUCGAACCAAAUUUAAGAUUAGAAAAAUGAGAAAUGAAAGAGAAACCAAAAUUUACAGAUUCAUUCAUCUCUAUGGCUGAGAGAGGCUGUUAGAACCCUUCAGAUAGGCCAGAACUAUCUGAACUAUCUGAACUGCCAGCAGAGCAGUUCCCCCUGCUACUUCUAAUGAAAUUCAGAGCUCUGUAACAUCUUAAUCAAAUUGAGGAAUCCAUCCUUUGGUUUAAUUUUUUGGUACCAUUUAUUAAACAUGUUACGGUAAGUGUCUCACAAAACUUCAUUUCUAAUCACCUGUAACACUUUUGCCCAAAUUGAUCUAAAGCCCAAAUAUUUUGCUUACUAAGAAUAAUGAAAUAUAAGCCUUGUAAAGGCAUCGAUGCAGGAUGUGCAGAUACUGGAAGGGGUGGGAGGUCUCAGCAAGCAUGAUUACUAACAGAGAUUGUAGGGAGUUACAGGAACUUGGUUAUGGGCUUUGAUUUUCCUGGGAUAAUGUCCUUCACUUUAUUGCAAAUGAUGGUUAGCAGAGGGGUGUGGCAAGGUCUAUUUAAACAUACUGCUUUAUGUACCUUGGAGCAAAUUGCCCUGUGAAUUGCCAUUACUUGUCUUGAUCAUUUUGAUACCACGCAAUCACUGCGCUCAGUUGGAGCUUUGGCAGAUAAGGCAUUAAUAAGUCUCUGAGUAACCUUGGUUAAUCAAAUGACUUGCUGACGCUUCCUUUCUACCCCAAGUCAGCACCAUCAAGUUUAGUGUCAAAGGUUCACUAUAAAGAGCUGAAGCCAGCAGCCAAGGCUCCCUUUCUUCGUCCAGCCCCAGGACCAGGUACGGAUUCUUGAGCAAGGACAUCCAAGCACAGAGACAUCAUGGUAAAACUGCAGCUGCCAAACCCCAACUUGGAACUGAGAAUACCUUCCCAUGAGGACCUUGAAAACCUUGAGGCUACAGAGGCGGAUUCAAGACCCAAAUGGGAUAAUAAGGCACAAUACAUGCUCACCUGCAUAGGGUUUUGUGUAGGCCUGGGCAAUGUAUGGCGAUUCCCCUAUCUCUGCCAGAGCCACGGAGGAGGUAUGUCUCAGAUCACGCAGAUGGUGGAGGCAGACAUUUAUUGAGUGAAAAUGCUUGAAUGGAGCGGAAAAUUGUAAUGUUUUUCUCAAUCACUAUGAUUUUUAAUGACCAAAAAACCACGCCUAGUUUAGAGAGAACGUGCAAAGCAAUCAUGUACCCUAUCAUUUGAGGAAAUUGAGAGAUUUGCAUAUGAUUGUGCUAUAUGGUUGCAUUUAUUUAGAAUGAAGUUCUGUUGAGUUCAGUCAGCCGAAUACCUGACUAUAACAUGCAUGGAACUGCAGCAAUAAUGACAGAGGUACAAUUUUCUAAACAAAUGGGCAUUCUCAGAAAGUUAAGAAAGGCUGACCCAAAUUUCUUGUGGUUUCUCAUUUGUGUCUGACUGUAAAAGGGAAACAGUCAUUAACAUUUUAAAUACAAACAUGAGCUAAUUUAAAAUUAGGAUUAGUCAAGAAAUGCUGUGCUUUGAACAACCUAGUUCCCACGGGUGGUGGUGGUGGUUUUAUCAUUAUUAUCAUUAUUGAAUUAAGCAGCUUUUUUCAUAAUUCAGAGGUUUUUCUAACUUUUAUGCAAUUAAAAUAGGUCUAAAAUAGUUAACAUUGCACCUACUUUGUGUUGUAGUAUAUUUGGGGGCAAUGCUCUGAAAUAUAAGACUACUUGAUGCAGCUAAUCACUUUGUAAUAUUUUAGGACCUGUGCCUUUUCAUGCAAGUUUGCUUUUACUGCAGAAGAAAAAUUCAGAAAAAUAAGAUCUACCAAUCUACUCACACCCCUCUAAAAUUACUUGUCCCUUACCCUGAGCAAAAUAACCCUACCUAUGUAUCAGCAACCAUUGCCUACAAAAUAUUGUUCCAGCUACACAUACAGACUUGCUCACACUGCAAAAACAAACACAAUAGACAAACGACAACAGGGAAAGGGGAGAUUUGUAUUGUUUAUUUCUUUAUUAUCCUGGCUUUAGCACAUUCUAAAAGAGGGAGACACAGUGACAUCUGGGUAAGUCCGAGGCUUCUUGAAAACAUAUGUCACUGCAUUCACUUGGUUAAAGUCCAUAUCCCACUAAAUCUCUUGGUUAAUAUACUUACUGAAUCUCCACCUUGCCAAAGUGCUGAUCCACUGUGUAUAAUGAUCUGCUUGACGUCAUACAGCCAGCCAACAAUCUGAGAGAGAUUCAAGCUGCUUCUGACAAUUUUCUUUUUUAAUUUUAAAAAACAAAUUCAGGGAUUUCUUUUCACUCCCAUUCCUCCUGUCCUGCUUUCACUGCAUUUCGGGUGUGUUAAUCUUUAUCUCAGGAAAGUGUUUAUUUACACACAUUCUCACUCACUGAAGGAGGACAUGCCAAUUUCUAAACUUUCAAUACUGUACUCAAUGUGUUACAUAUUUGGCGUACUGAUUAACAUGGCAAUUAAAUAUUAGUAAGCGAAGCUUGCAUUUUGCUCAGACACACAUUCCUCAUUGUUAUAGGAAAUCCCCACCCUGCAUGCUAGUUCUAGCAGGUAAACAUCAGCCUAAGAUUGUUUUCAAUGUGUGGCUGGAGUGCAGGCCUACAUUAUGAGAUAAACUUUGCCUCCUGAACUUCAGCUGUUCAAUGUAAAAAAAGUGCCACUUUCAGAUUUUUCAGGUAACCACAGUGUGUGCUCCAAAUUUCAACAUAGAGGGUAAUGUGAGAGCAUCUUAACCAUUUGAGAGAAUUUACUUCAUGUUCCGCUUUCUAAGGUAGAGCUGUACAAAUGUUUCAGCAUUGGAUUAAAACAGUUUAAAAAGCAUCACUUUUCUGCACAGGGCUAUUAAAUGAUUUAUGAUGAUUCUGUAAGAGAAUUCCCCUCUGGAGGGAAAUAUUCCAGUAUAUUCAGUUGGUGACUGAACAGAAAUGCCGUAUGAGAUAAAUGAUUUUGUCAGUGCUAUUCUGGAUCAUUUCUCUCUCUCUUUUGCUCGCUCUUUUGACAUGCUGUUUUGCUUAAGAAACGACAACACGCCCAGUGAGCAAUUGGCUAUGGGAAAAUUAGUGAAUCUACUAUGCAUUUUGGAAAGCUGUUUACUACGCAUUUGGAUGCUUCACAGCCAAAUUUUGCAUGAAGGCUUCUGAGUAGGUUUUUUUUUUUUUGUCUAUGUUUGAAUACAAUUUGAAACAAGAUGGUAGAAUGAACCUUUCAAAACUGCACUGAUGUUAACCACCGAUUUCAAAACCACACUGAGUUUUGGGUUUCUUGGAAUUCCCAAGCAAUGCUGGCUAUAAAACUACAAGUACUUUUUAAAGAAAAGAGAUAAUUUUGAUGCCCUUUUACUCCAGUCUGUCUGUCCCCCACCCCACACAUGGGUUUGAGUCUUAUUUUGUAACUUCUCCCUCAAUGUAUAGAAGUAAGACUCUCCUGAGAAUACCCGAGUUUCAUUUUGAAGAGGUAGUCAUGUUGAUAGUAUAUUAGAGUGUGGCGACAGAUGAUGCCUGAAAUUCUGCAGUAGUGCACUGUUUUUACUUGCUUCCUUAGAAAACCGUGGUAAAAUAGACAUUAUUCACAAAAGGAUAUGCUAUAAUUGCUCUUGUAUCUCCUUUUCUGCAUUUCCUUACCACUGCAUCCUUACCACUUUAUCCCAGUUGUCCUUUUGCAUUUAAAGAAAAAUAAAACAAUCGUGAACUGCGGCUCUUUAGUUGCUGUUAGAUUUCAGUUCCCAUCAGCCCCCGUGCCCUGGCCCAUACAUGGUCAAUGGUCAGGGAUGGGGGGAGUUGUUGUCCAGCUGUAUCUGAAGGUCACAGGUUCUCCACCCUGGGUAUAAAACAUACUCAUUUUGGAUUUUACCCCUGCAGGAGCUUUUAUGAUCCCUUUCCUCAUUUUGCUUGUCCUGGAAGGCAUCCCAUUGCUCCACCUUGAAUUUGCCAUUGGACAAAGACUUAGAAGAGGUAGUGUGGGUGUCUGGAGUGCUAUCCAUCCCGCCCUGAAGGGCGUAGGUAAGUUUUAAUGUAUUUUAAUACUCAGCAACAUUUUGGCACUAUAAGCAUACAUAUGCUUUCAUGCAAGGUGUUUAGGUUGGAAUCACCAUGCCUCACUCACUCAGAUUUUAUUGGGGGGUUCCACACACCACUAUAAUCAAUUUGCAACCCUCUAGUCAUUUUUCUUGGAGCAGAAAGUCCCGGCUUCUUUUUUGAGAAAAAAUGGAAGAGUAGUGCAAUCUACAUGGUCCUACUUUUCCAUUUUCUUUAAGAAAUGGACAGUGAUUUUGUUGAAGGGGAAAGAGACAAGUCUUUCAAUAAAAUCCAACAAGCUGUCCUUUAUCAGCUAUGUGUAUAUUAUGUAUUGGUGAAAAGUAAUUUGAACUUUCUUUCUUGACUUGAGACUGAAACUCAGAUACACACACUGAUGAGGGACCAGUCUGUGGCCUCAGAUUGAUUUUAACAAUUAACACCAUACAUCCAAAGCCCUCUUAUGCCACUCAAACAAUCAUGGAGAAUUCUGGGCACUAUGUUUUGUUAAGGGUGUUUGGAAUUGUAGCUUUGUGAGGUCAGCACCCUUAAAUAUAUGGAGAUUUCUGCUUCCUUCUGUGGAUUAUUCUUAGAAAACUACAGUGGUACCUCUGGUUACGUACUUAAUUCGUUCCGGAGGUCCGUUCUUAACCUGAAACUGUUCUUAACCUGAAGCACCACUUUAGCUAAUGGGGCCUCCCGCUGCUGCCGUGCCGCCGCCGUGCGAUUUCUGUUCUCAUCCUGAAGCAAAGUUCUUAACCCGAGGUACUAUUUCUGGGUUAGCGGAGGGUGUAACCUGAAGCGUAUGUAACCCGAGGUACCACUGUACUAGAUAUUUCAGUGUGGAAAGGGACAGGGAUACAUCUUCAAAAUUUUGUUGCACCUGUUAAGGUUUGUUCUGUUGUCAGUUUCAUUUCCUCAUCAUUGUUCCUCAAAAUCAUUUUUAUUUUUUUUAAAUACAAAAAGGAUCUAUCUAAAUGCUUUCUCUCUAUUCCUACAGGUAUAGCAGCAAUGAUUGUCUCCUUCUUUGUGGGCUUAUACUAUAAUACUAUUAUUGCUUGGGUGAUGUGGUAUUUCUUCAACUCAUUCCAAGAGCCACUGCCUUGGAGUGAAUGCCCACUUGCUGAUGAAAACAGAACAGGUACAGAUUAUGCUUGUAAUAGUUAGCAGUCUAUCAUAAAGAGGCUUCUCUCUGCAAACAGCUUAAGAAAAUACAGUCUUUUACCAAAGAUCAUUUUGAAUUAGGGUAACCUUUUAAUCUGCUGAGCUGGAGACAACAACAAUAGGAAAGCUUCCUCAAGACCAUUUUGUAGCGUAAGGCUCAGGGCAGAACGUUAUUUUAUUUCACCUAUUGCACAUAUGAAAACCUUGUGUAGGGGCCAGUAAAUUAAUUGCAUUUCUCACUAAUAUUCGGCUCAUUGAUUUCAUUGGAAAGCAAAUGUGUCCUACAUAGUUUGGAUCUAACCAAUAAAUACUUUCUAUCACCCCACCUCCUGCCUCGUGCUGGCCAUUAGGAACAAAUAAAGGAACAUAGGGAUUUCCCCAUUGGUCCAUCUACCUUACCAUUGUCUGCACUGUCUGGCAAUGACUGUCCAUGGUUUUAGGUAGGAGUCUCUUCCGAUCCUACCUGGAUAUGUCAGGGAUUGAUCGUGGGAUGUUCUGUACGCAAAGCAGAUGCUCUAGGUCCCUUCCCAAAUGGCAUCUCCCCAUGGUAAGAAUAACACUUUAAAAAGUCUUGAACCACCGUUCAGGCAACAAUUCCUGCCUUCAGACACCAUUCCCGUUCAUAGUGUCACCUGAAGCAGGUUAUUUCACACUGCUGCAUAGCAAGGCCAGCCCUGAGCACAGCUGGUGGGUGCAGAGAAAUCCCAGAAGCAUCACUAUUGCCCAGCGGUAAGAUCUAAGUGACUGUCCAAACAGAAGGGCCAAGAUCCAGGAAGUUAUAUUAACUGAGCUAUCCUGCACAUUAUUCUGGCAUCAGAACCAUUUGGAAAUAAGGGUGAGUUAUGGUUCCAACUGCCAAUGACUUUGAGGAACAGACUUUUCUUAAUAAUGGGUGCCCAUGAUCUGAAAUUCUCUUCCAAGGGAGGCUUAUCGGUUCGACUCACCACUGGCUUUCCUUCGGCUGUUUUGGAAGGCCUGUUGGGUAAGCUAUAGUCUUAGCAGGUUGAGCCAAGUGUUUCGUCUUGAAUUCUGAAAACCACUAUGAGAACGGACCUUAACAUUAUUUUCAGGGUGUUGUAAUCUUUUAGUCUGGCUUAGAAAUUACAUGGCAUUUUAACUGUUUUGUUGUUGUUUUGUGAACUGCCCUGGAAAUGAAUUAUGUUUUGGCGACUCAGUAAAGUCUGACUGGUUUAAAUAAAUCCAUGCCUGCUUUCUACCGGCAAUCUAGGGUGGCAAUGAUUAUUAUACUCAAUAAAAAAAGUGACCACCAAUUAAAAGUAGCCAAUUGGCUGAAACUAUCAGUCAAACAAAGGGCUCACCCAGACUUGCUUUUGUGCUGAAUUUCUAGGCAUAGGUCUGCACUUUUUUUGUUGGGUCCUGCCACUUUCCCCAGGAAAGCCCACACUUUAUGGCAAUCCGAGGAAAACCCAAAUUGCCGUUUGUUCCAAUUCAGAGUUAAAGAGCAGGUUUUCCUGGGGGAAAUGGCAGGGCAAAAGUUUAAAAAGCACUCAGACAGAAAAGCUCAGUUUCUACCAGGCUGGUAGAAUGGAGGGUUCCUGUGUGCUGCAUUUCAUGCAGUGCCAAUGUGUGCUUCUCUCUUUUGUUCUUGAGGGAAGAGGAGUGACUGGUCAAAGGUUGAUAGGCAGAGGAGGAAGAAAUAGCAACUCCACCCACCCACACCCAGUCAUAUUUAUUUUAAAUAAGUCUGCAGCUUUUUACUGAUUAAUUGAGUAGAAGAAUUGACUCAAAACAUCUCAAUUGCAUAAAGAGGCACCCCAGUUGGGUAUGAAUUUCACAAGCCACUCUCGGUGUCCUUGCAAAGGUCAGGUGCUUUCUUGCCAAUGUUUAAAAAAAACUAAAAAAAAACUUGUGGCAUAGGCCACUGAAAGUUCGAAAUCGGGCAGUCAUCGUCUUUGCUAAGUGUCAGAUGCUAGGUUAAGAUGUUUCCCCUCCUCCAGAAACCUUUGUUUUAAUGCUUCUGUUUCCAAUGUUUUAAAUUUUGUACAUUGUAUGUUUUAUUUUUACUGUAAAGUGCUCUGAGACAAGCAAUGGAAAGCAGGGUAUAGAUUCUUUAAAUGAAACAAAUCUGUAAAAGUUAUUGUGCACGCUCAUUUGAAAUUAAUGGGAGAUGUGCAAGAGUGCACUGUGGUUUUUCAUUAUAAUGGAGCUUGCACAGAAAAGCUUCCCACUGGAUUGUAGCAUUGCUUAAUAGGACUGUUUCUUUGGUUUCAGGUUACGUGUACGAAUGUGCAAAGAGCUCUUCUGUUGAUUAUUUUUGGUACAGGAAGACAUUAAAUGUCUCCACCAAUAUUGACGAGACUGGAACUGUACAGUGGUGGCUGCUGUUAUGUUUAGUAUGUGCCUGGGGAGUGGUGUACGUGUGCACAAUUAGAGGCAUUGAAACAACAGGAAAGGUACUUUUGUCUUGUAUGAACGAAAUCAGAGCUACUUCUUAUAUUCUGUUUUCCAACCAUUUUAGGGAUUGCUGCAGCUGCUUUCCCCCAAACUGGGCUCACAGACCUGUCUGUGUGUGUGCUGAUUUAAGUGGGGCUUGGGGUGUGUUUAAUACCCUGGAUGGUAUCUUUGGGCCAGAAGGGGGCAAAACAUUCUCCUUGUUGCCGGCCACUUCUUUCCCAACAGAUCCUUCUCCAUCCUGCCUCAGCUUUCACUUUAUUAUUUAUUUUAUUUACUUGUUAUUAUUAUCAGUUGUCUCAAUCAAUGUGCCGAUCGGCUAUACAGAGCCCUAAUAUAAACAUGCUAAAAUUUAAGCAGUUCAUAAUAAUGAUCAAGCCUAGCAACAACAACAUGUAUCGGCACCAGUGUACACACAAGCCCCAGAACAACCAAACACAGCACAUGGGGACAAACAGAGGGAUGGUAAUUCCAUGUUUGCCGCAACGUCUAUUUUGUGGCAUUGUAGGUUAGAGCAGGCCCAUGUCUCAAUGUGUGACCUGUAAACUCUAGAGAAAUUGAAGCACAUAGUGUCAUCAGAGGCCGGGUUCAGAUGUACUGCUGAAUCAGAAAAGGCAUUUGUAAAUAUAUGCAGAUACAAGCCAGAUUAUUGUAGUGCUUAUGCAAUGUGGGUUUCAUGUGGUACAGCCUCAAUCUGAUCUGCUACCAUCUAGACAGACUGAGUGAUGUGGUUCCUUCCUGAGCUACAUCAUUCAUCUGAUCCACUUGGUUCUUGAUUUAGAUGACACCCAUAUAAUGUGGGUUUCAUGUGGUACAGCCUCAAUCUGAUCUGCUACCAUCUAGACAGACUGAGUGAUGUGGUUCCUUCCUGAGCUACAUCAUUCAUCUGAUCCACUUGGUUCUUGAUUUAGAUGACACCCAUAUAAUGUGGAGUCAGACCCUGCAGAAGUAGCUCCCGUAGAACAAUUAUAAUUUGUACACCUGCAAUAUUGGCAACUGAUAAUACAUGCAAAUCUUUAUGGUUUUUCUCUCAGUUUCCUACUUUCCAUGCCGUUUUUCAUUGAAAUAAAUUUACCCAAUGGUUUAAAUUUCCCUUGGGGUUUUAUGUUGUGCCAUCAAUGCACGUGGUGAUUUACAGAGUAAUGUUAAGGAGGGGGGAAGGCAGUUCUCUGCUCUGAAAGUGACAAAUAAAAAUUUCAACAGUGUGGGAGACAAUAGAGCUGUGGAUGGGAAGGAAUGAAAGAAGUAAGAGUAACAAAAGAGGCGUAUUCAUGUUGUGCGUAUUCAAUUGACAUAUUCCUUCUCCAGGCCGUGUAUGUAACAUCAACACUUCCUUAUGUUGUGCUUACAAUUUUCCUGAUCCGUGGCUUAACACUGAAAGGAUCAACCAGUGGAAUUGUAUAUCUCUUCACGCCUGAUGUAAGUAUUGAUUAGAUCCCCACCCACCACCCCAAGUAAACAGAAUAACUGGAAGUUUGAAGAGAAAUGAGCCAUUUGCAGCAUUAUUUACAGUGGUGCCCCGCAAGACGAAUGCAUCGCAAGACGAAAAACCCACUAGACGAAAGGGUUUUCCGUUUUUCGAUGCGCUUCGCAGGACGAAUUUCCCUAUGGGCUUGCUUCGCAAGACGAAAAUGUCUUGCGAGUCUUGAGAUUUUUUUCGCUUUCCCCCCCUUUUUCUAAGCCGCUAAGCCGCUAAUAGCCUUUUAGCCGCUAAGCCUUUAAUAGCCGCUAAACCGCUAAUAGCGCUAAGCCACUAAGCCGCUAAUAGGGUUGCUUCGCAAGACGAAAAAACUGCUAGACGAAGAGACUCGCGGAACGGAUUAAUUUCGUCUUGCGAGGCACCACUGUACACUGAUUAUUUUCUGGAUAUCAUUAAGCCCUCCAUGAUCAAAGUCAUAUAGACAGACAGACAUGCCACUUUGCUGAGGGAGAGGGGUUGCAUAGUAAAUGGUGAUGCCCUGCCCUCUUCUACCUGUGCAGAUGUGUUUAACGUGUUAGCUGAGGCUCCUGCAAAUAUCACCUGCUGAUUCAGCAGUUUCCCAGAUGACUGGUGGGGGGGGGGCAAUUGUGUUCCACCUUGACACAUAAAAUCCUCAAUCUGCCUGGCUCUUCAGUCUGAGCAACUCAUCUCUUUAAUCAAGAGCACGGGAGGUGCCCUAUUUCAAUGGAAGCAUAUAUCAUUUGCACACAGGUAGCAAAUGAGGUCCAAGUAUGGUUCAUAGCCAGUAAGAAGAUCGCAAGUAAAAGACGUAGGAAAAGCCUCUUCGUCAGACCCUGGAGGACUGCUGGCAGUCAGUGUUGACAGGAAGGAUCUAGAUAGACAGGGCUAAGGCAGGUUUCUGUUGGAAAUCUUUUGCCUGGCUGUCCACACGCAUAGCCUUCCUUGCCUUGCCUGUCCAUUCUGUACCCUUCUCCUCCUAUGGACAGUUCCUUCAACCUGCCUGCUGGAUUAUGCACUGAAUGACAGGAGUAGGAUGGUCCAAGCGGUGGGAUUCUCCCAUACCACACUUUAUAUUAAAUGAACAGGUUGCAUGCUCAGAGUCAGCUAGGACAUGCCUUUGUUCCAUUUUAGCUGUAAAGUUAUCCAAUUUUUGAAGCUCUUUUGUUCUGUUCCUCAGGUUGCAGAAUUGGCCAGCCCAACCACUUGGCUUGAUGCCGGAGCUCAAGUAUUCUUUUCAUUUUCCCUUGCCUUUGGAGGCCUCAUCUCAUUCUCUAGUUAUAAUUCAAUUCAGUAAGUUGCCAUACCAAAUAGAAAAAGUCAAUUUUAGAAGACAAUUUCACAAUUGGUAGUAGUUCCUUUCUUGACAGUGACACCCCCCCAAUCCUAUCUCAUAAGUAUCUAGGAAGGCAUAUGUUCUUCAUGAGCAAAACAAAAACAAAACAAAACACAAAUGGGAAGAACAAAACAAGGUAACUCAAGAUCAAGGUCUAGAAAAGUCCUUCCUUCUCCUUUCUUUCAUAUUGAAGACUGUGUAUUACUAUUUGUAGCACAAUUCUUACCAUGCAAGAUGUAGGAAACGGAGCAACCAGGGCUCACACACAUGUUUCUCCACUCCCCCCCUGCACAUUUCUACCUCACAACAAGUCCCAGAGGUACAUAAGCCUGAGAGACAGUGACUGGCCCAAGAUCACCCAGUGAGCUUGUUUCUGUGUUUUGGUUUCCAGUAACAACUGUGAAAAGGACGCUCUGACUAUCUCUGUGAUUAAUGGCCUCACAUCUAUUUAUGCAGCUACUGUCAUAUACUCAAUCAUUGGAUUCAGAGCAACAGAGAGAUAUGACAAUUGCUUUAGCCAGUAAGUUAUUUUUUCCUGUUUUCCAGUUAAAGCAUCCCAGAUCAUUGUUCUCUUCCCCCUCCCCAAUAUGAGUGCCAAUAGCACAGACAAUUAUAGUUCUAGGGGUUUGGGAGAUCAGUUGUCUUCUCUAAUAAGCAAGCAACACAGGCAGAACUGCCAAUGAUGUGGGGAAACAGUGGGCAUGUGGUUGCCAGAACAUUUUCUAUGUACAAAUAACCCUUGUUGUAUCUGGGCAAACAUUAGCUAUUUACAAAUAGGAGAGAGCAUGUAAGUUAAUUUAUUUUAAUGUUCUGCCCUCAGCUCUCUUAACUUAGCUAACAACUUUGUCCUUGUGGCACAGGAAAUAUAGGAUUUGGGAGGCAUACCCUUCCAUAUUAUUAAGAACUCUGCCUCUAAGGAUCUGAUAUCUUUUUAUUUAACUGAUGGCUCUAUUUUUAUUACUGCCUGAUAAAGUAGCAAAAUACUUUCUAUUUUCAAUAGAAAUUAGGAAGCAGAUGGUAAAGUCAGAACUUACUUUUGACCCCUCUGUAAUGUAUUUGCAUUCUUUUAAAUGCGUUGUUCUGUGAGCAUAAUAAAUUUAUUUAUUAAUUCAUUAUCAUAAUGAUAAAACUUAAGAAAUCUGUGUGAAGAGUCAUUGACUGAAGAGGCAUUGACUGCUUUCCUUUUGUAUUUGCAGAAAUAUCCUCACUCUGACAAAUGCAUUUGAUUUACCAGAAGGUAAUGUAACCCAGGAAAACUUUGAGCAAAUGCAAGCUUGGCUCAACACGACAGAUCCAGCAACCUUUGCAACUCUUACAUUUCAGACCUGUGACCUGGAAUCAUUCUUAAGUGAUGUAAGGUGAUAACAUGGAAGCUAACAAGAUUAUAAUAAAGGACUUUAUAUCAAUAAACAUGAGUCACUUCCAUAUUACUGAUGAACCAUUAAUUAUGAUUUACCACAUGUGUCCUGGACCAUUGUAAGACCCAAAUUAUAUAAACAUAAAUGAAAGAGAGAGAUAAUUUAUUUACCCUCUUGGAAAUUAUCAUAACUGAUUUUAGCAUAUGGCUGCUGUUGCUUGAACAAAAACUUUAUUCAUUGUCGCUUUUGUGAUGAUUUUAUCUGGUUCUAUUCUUGUAGUCUUCCUUGGGUGCUUUGGUGGAAGAGCAGUUAGUGAUAGAAUGAUAAAUGAUACAGUCCUAUUGGCUUAGGAAGUUGCCUGUAGUUGGUCUAACCUGAGCGACUUAAAGUGUGUUUUAAUAUGAUCAAUAAUUGUAUGUCUUAUUCCAUCUAUAUCUAUUGCUGUUUUCUGCAGGGUGUUGAAGGAACUGGCUUAGCAUUUAUUGUCUUCACUGAGGCCAUCACCAAAAUGCCUGCCUCGCCAAUAUGGUCCAUCCUCUUCUUUAUCAUGCUGUUCUGCUUAGGUUUAUCAUCUAUGUUUGGGAAUAUAGAGGGUGUUAUGGUGCCACUGAACGAUCUCAAAAUCAUACCGAAAAAAUGGCCUAAGGAACUUGUUACAGGUUAGUUGAAAAUGGUAGUAUAAUCAGGGUGUGGCAACAGAGGGAUUGCAAAGUGGUCAUCUGAAUUCAAGUAGUAUAUUGCUUCUUUCAAGUUAAAUGAUGUAAUACUUUAUUUUCAUUGGGUAGAAUUCAGUAUUGCACUAAGACAAUAGUUCAAUCAGAAAAAGCAUUUCUGCUUGCCAGAAAGAAUGCUCUUUCCCUUUCCCCCUGUUCUGUGGGGUCCUCCUGACCCUCCCCAGCAGUUUUGGGUUGGUUGCAGCUGUCAUGGUGCAGAGGACGGCUGGGGAAAGUGCAUCAACAGGCUUUGUUGUGUUGGCUUUUGCUAGCACAACAACUUAGUUAAAUCUGACCCAGUAUGAAUGAAGCAUGUUUUAAAGAUGAUGGUAAAAAGCCAGCAACUUGCUCAUGAGUUUUGCCAGCAAGCCAGGCAGAGUGAAAUCAUUACAGCUACUCAUUGGACCUGCAUUUGCAGCCAAACACAGUAAAGCAACCCCUGCUGCUGAAUAUUGAUGAUGGAGGAGAGGGGAAUUGAUUAUGAGCAUGUAGCUUUGGAUAGCAGUCAGCUUUCUUGCUUUUUUUUUUGCACAGCAACUCUUUUGAGAUGGACCAGUCUAGCUGAGGAGUUCGAACUUUGAAUUUGAGACUUCCUAAAUCUAUAACAAUAAUUGAAGGAGCCAUUUCUUUUCUUUUUCCCCUUGACUUUAUAUUCUCCAUAGAGUUCCAAUAACAGAAUAGCUUAGUUCACACAUUGCAAUCAACCAUAGAUUGCAACUUUUUUGGUCUGUUUCUGUCUUCCCAGCUACUGUUCAGAGGAAAGAACCCACUAUUCUUGGCUUGGUGUUAUGUCUGAGCCAGGGAUCUUGGUUUGUUUCACUCACAGCAAGCCACAACCUGUACCCAAUGUUUCUUCUUGGCUUACUGAGCAUAUGGAAUGAAACAAAUCAUAGCUUUGUUGGAAUGAAACAAAUCAUAGCUCCUGGCUUGGAUGUAAUACUGAAAUAUACUCAGAGUCGAGAGUGGAUUUCAUGCUCUUUAUUCAGCUCAUAAUGGUGAGGAGGAAUGAAUGUCCCCCUCAAAGUAUCUGCUUUAUAUACAUUAUUUACACAAUGGGCUGCACAUGAUUGGCUAAUUCCAGAAUUCUCCUGUAGGUCAAUCAGGUUGUGGAUUCACUUCCAUCUGGAGCUGGAUUGGGUGGCUCCUGCAGACCAAUCAUACUGCUGCAUUGUUCUAGGACCAAUCAGACUGCUGCAUUUUGGAUCCUAUUCAACUCAGUACAUAACAAAUACUAUGGCAGAAAUCAGCUUCUUUCCUACCAGAAUGAACAGAGGGUGGGAGAGACAGUGUGUUUGCAAUAAACUGUUAACUUGUUCACCAUGAUGUGUGAAAACUGGAUCAAUACAUUUUCUUCAUGUCUAGCUGAUUUGAUCCUUGAGGUGUUGCCAACGUUUCUUGUAUUAUAAUAUUUAUUUAAUUUUCUUAGUUAAACUUUCUGCUUCACAUUUUAUUUUGUUUGAUCGUGUUUGCUGUUUCUUUACAGGAUUGAUUUGUGUGACAUCUUUCUUGCUUGCCAUUAUUUUUGUGCUGAGAUCAGGAAACUAUUGGUUGGCUCUGUUUGAUAAUUUUGCCGGUUCAAUUCCUUUGCUGAUAAUUGCUUUCUUUGAGAUGUUUUCCGUUGUCUACAUAUACGGGAUAGACAGGUAAGAUGUGAAACCUUCUCAAAUAGAAAGUGUCUCUGGAUUCCUAUCAGCCAGAAAUUCUGUAGCUAGAUUUGUGCAAGCCACUUAUUCUCCCACCCGCCUCUCAAAAGUACAAGGAAAAUAAUUUUAUUUGUUUAACAAAAAUUAUAUACUGCUUGAUUGUAAUAAAAUCUCUAAAUGAUUUAUAAGCCCACCUUACUGGACUGUUUUAAGGAUUACAGAUCUGCCCUGCCCCAUGGUUCUCUUUGCCCUCCACCAAACACCCAUCAAGUGUAACAAAAAAGAUAUUUACAUUUCCCUGUUUCCCAGCCAAGUUAAUCACACCCUUUUGUCUUCAUCUGGGUUUGUUAUUUCUGGAAUGGCUACCUGUCUGGCAUUCAGGUAUCAGGAUGCCAGGAAUUAAUACUCAGGCAGAGGGGCUGCUGAGUAGCUGAGCUCAUGUCUAUAUGAAUUUCUGAAGUUUUCCCAGUGAGCCAGUACAUAGAUACAUUUAUCAGUGAAUUGUUACAUUUGGUAUUGUGUAGCAAAGGCCAUUCGAAUAGAUAGGAAGAAACUGUGAUGGGGUGUUUUGUGGGGACAAAUCACAAAAGUCACAAAAGCAAUUGUGCUGGUUUUGGUAGUGGGCUGCAUGUGCAUGAUAUCUGCUGGAGGGGCAACCCUCCCAACCUAUACAUAAAUUCAUGCAACAGUUUGUCUACACUUGAUAACCAGCUUCUGAAUGUGAGAGCUGAUUCCAUUACAAGAUAUAACGUUUUAGGCAAUGCAAUGGAAGUUCUGUCAGUUCUGACGUAUCUGUAAUGCCCUCUUUCCUUAUGGCAGUUACCAAGUAAUGAAUAUGAAUGUGUGAGUUGGCCCUUAAUCUGUCCAAAGCAGCUUGGUUUCUCUAAACUUCCUUUCUCUUUAUUAUCAGAUUUAAUGAUGAUAUCAAGUUCAUGAUUGGACACAAACCCAAUAUAUUCUGGCAGGCCACCUGGAGAUUUAUCAGUCCUCUUAUCAUGUUGGUUAUCUUCCUUUUUUACUUUGUGGUGAAAGUGGGAGAAGAAUUACGAUACAAUGUCUGGGAUCCCGAAUACGUAAGUACACAUGUUCAAAGAAGCACACCCCAAGUUAUUUUAUGGGUUUCUCUUCACUCACGCUGUGCUCAGCAUGCCUUUGAUUGCCCAAUCCACAGUUUGCUACCCUUCCCACACCCCCACAAGGACUAUUUGCUGAAUAUCUUGUUGGGGCAGAUGAAGAAGAACAAUUUGUUUCCCCCUUAGGGAAAAUAAAUUACCUGCUCUAAAUUGGCUACUAAUUGAAAUUAAAUGAUUGAUCACAAUCCCUGUUAAGGCCAGCCUGCAUUGAAUGGGACUUCAGACUGGAUAUAGACACAUUAAAAAAAAGCUUGUAAAUUUUCUUGUAAACAUAAUGUGAAAUCACAUUGGCGAAAGAACUCCACAGCGCUGUCUGGUGUCACAGUGUUUUAAUACACUUUUUCUUUACUAAUGUAGCUGAGUUCUCAGUUCCCUUUAGCGGUGCUGGGUAUACCAAUUUGGCCUUUGCAAAAGCAAAAAUAUAAGUUUCUGGCACUGCUCUUCCUGCACUCCAAGGAGCCUAGCUUAAAUGCAGUUCAGGGGGGAUGGGUAGAUGGAUGCCUUUAGGUUUCCAUCUUUUCUGCACCAUCACCACCUACAACUAUCUGAAAGGUGUGUCGUCUUUUCCCCAGGACCUGUUUCCCAAAUCAAUGCCGAUGAAAUAUCCUGACUGGGUUUAUGCUAUCAUCGUAGUCCUUGCAGGAAUACCAAGCCUGUUUAUCCCUGGGUUUGCUAUCUACAAAGGCAUCCAAAGUUUAUGCAAGAGGAGAAAUCCUGGACGGCAGGAUCUGAUCAGUGCCGUAUCAGAAGCAUCAAUAAAUGGAGAACUGAAGAACAAAGUGUAA